AUGAGAAAUCAAACAUCAGUGACAGAGUUCAUUCUCCUGGGACUGACUGAUGACCCAGAGCUACAGAUCUUGAUUUUUGUCUUUCUGUUUCUCACCUACAUAUUGAGUGUCACUGGCAACUUGACCAUCAUCACCCUAACCCUGAUGGACUCACACCUCAAGACUCCUAUGUAUUUCUUCCUCAGAAACUUCUCCUUCUUAGAAAUCUCAUUUACAACUGUCUGCAUUCCGAGAUUUCUGGUCAGUAUAAUAACUAAAGAAAAAGCAAUUUCUUAUAAUUCUUGCCUGGCCCAGGUGUUCUUUUUUAUCCUCUUUGGUGCAACAGAAUUUUUUCUGCUGGCAGCCAUGUCCUAUGAUCGCUAUGUGGCUAUCUGUAAACCUCUACAUUACACAACCAUCAUGAGCAGUAAAGUCUGCAGCCAGCUUGUAAUCAGCUCUUGGCUGGCAGGUUUCCUUGUUAUCUUUCCACCAGUCAUCAUGGGCCUCCAGCUGGACUUCUGUGACUCCAAUGUCAUUGAUCAUUUUACCUGUGAUACUUCUCCUAUGUUGUCACUCUCUUGCACAGACACCACGGUCUUAGAGAUCAUGAGUUUUUGGGUAGCUGUGUUCACACUUUUACUCACUUUGGCAUUAGUGAUUUUGUCUUAUGCUUACAUCCUCAGAACUAUUCUGAGAUUCCCCUCUGCCCAGCAAAGGAAAAAGGCUUUUUCCACUUGUUCCUCCCACAUGAUUGUUGUCUCCAUCUCUUAUGGAAGCUGCAUCUUCAUGUAUGCCAAACCUUCACCAAAGGAAGGGGUGGCUAUGACUAAAGGGGUAGCUGUGCUUAAUACUUCUGUUGCCCCUAUGCUGAAUCCUUUCAUAUAUACCCUAAGGAACCAGCAAGUGAAACAGGCCUUUAAAGACACAAUCAGAAAGAUUUUUUUUCCACAUAAAUAA